AUGAAAGCAACCAAUAUUCUUUCAUUCUGCUUCUUUUUGGGUGCCGCCUUUUCUGCGGCUAUCCCCAGCGCCGACGCAGCGUUGGCAAAAAAGGCCAUUCCUGUUGUAUCACAUUCAGCAACACUUUCACCCAUGUACCCAAAUCCAGAGGGCGUGGAUCAGAGCGUGCUGCUCUGGUUUGAAAAGGGUGUGGGUAACCCAUGGAACAUUGGCGAUCUCAGAAUGGAACUUGUCGUCACUCUGCGCAAUGAUGGCCGUGCUUCAUUCUGGUCGAGAGUGAAGAAUAAGAACUCGCUCAUCCCUUACGAUUACUCCAUCGGUUGUGGACUUCGUGAUACUCAGGGCAACGUCUAUCAACUGGGCCACGAGGGUGAUGUCAACCCACUGCAGAAGGAGACCUUUGAUACCCAUUAUGUAUAUAGCAAUAAGAUUGCAGAGAAUUGGCAGAGCAUUCUGGAGAGCUCAACCAUGGAAUGUGUCGGAGCUGAGGGGGUCAAUCUUGGCGGCAUUGCGAACCAACUGCAAGAGUUGUACAAGAAAUGGGGAGCGAUUGUUGAGAUCAUUGCGUGGCUCCUCUAG